AUGCAAGAUACUGACCUUGUCAAAGAGAUAGCAGCCCUUCUACAGGCGGCGGAGGAAGAUACGACAUGCCUUAGCGAACAAGUUUUACAAGACCAAGAAACACACUAUGCUGAGACGGUAGAACAGUUGCAACGCAGCGCACAGCAGUUGGUCGAAGACAAUGAGUUUUUGUUCGAAACAGUUGACCCAAAUGCGGAAAUCAAUCCCAGAAGUGUUUCUGUGCAUAUCUUGGAGGUUUCCAAGCUCGCGGAGCGUCUUAAAAACACACAUUUGGAGCAGGAAAUGCUGGACAAUUUUCUGCGAUACACACUUCCGUCAGGAGACCUGUUGCAGCAAAUUGAAACUCCGCAGGACGAGCGAUACGUAUCGCUUGAGAAGAAUGUGGUGCAUUUGCAAGAUGUGGUUAUCACACAACUGGAAUCGGAGGUUGAUCAGCUCCGAGAAGAAAUUAGCCACACCAGUCAGAAAAUAGCGGACCAACGCGAAGUGGUGAACGAACUGUGUCUCAACACCGGAGAGCUUGUUGACGAGUGCCAUGCGCUUUUGGAAGAACUGGAGAGUAAUGAUGAUAACGCAAAGGUUGCUAGUCCGGACACAACCAACGGAGUGUCUUCAACGGAAGCUACAAUUCAACAACUACACGCUGUUAAAGAAACCGUUCAGGAAAAAAAACAUUUCGAACAACGUCUUGAGCAUUUGCAACGGACAAAAAAGUCACUCAACGCGAUUGAGAAUUCCGCGGACGAGGAGGCCCAAGAUCAGGACUCGGGUUUGGCUGAAAGUUAUACGGCUUAUCGGACCCUGAUCGAAUAUUGGCGGAGCCAAUUUUUUGACAGCGAAGUCCGAAACCUAGAAGUUUUGCCGAAGUCAAACAAAGUUCAGUUCACCUACUACAACUUGGACGUUGUCGUACAAUUGAACGCUUCAGGGGUCUCUGAGGUUGAAUUAUAUGGAAGUAACAUGCCACUUGACAAGCUGGACUUGAUUAGAAAGCGUGUUAAUGAUAAGCAGCCUCGAGAUAUUCCGAUCUAUCUCCAGUUUAAAAAUGUACUGAAUAUUAUAAAGGAAAAUGCGAUAAUUGUAUAA